GGAGAGAGCUAUUUAGUGGGCGAUGGCGCUCGAGCAAAGGAACGAGGCAGCGAUGCAACGGAAGAAAUUGGAGCAGCAAGAGCAGCACUCAAUUGAGCUCCUCGAUGGGCAGAAUUGCCACCCGGCAAUCGCCAUUCCCCGGCAGGCCGCCUGCGACACGCUCCAGUCGAUCAUCCAGGCGCAUUUCGAGAAGACGCUGGAGAAGAAGCGCGCGGUGGACGCGCAGAAGAAGGAGCUGUGGCGGAUGUUUGGCAUCUUCUUCGUGUUCCUGGCGAUCCUCUUCGACGGCGUGGCGCGGUCCUCGGUGAUCCAGUGCCGCCACUGCUGGGCUCCAAUUGGGAUUUGCUUGCUCGCCACCGCCAUCUUCUACGUGGGGAUGGCGCAGACGCUCAAGUGUAUCAACGCGUUCAAGUACCAGCGGAGGUGCCACAAGCUCACCAUGGGCGUCGCGACGGACAAGCUCCGGAGGAUCACAUCGAGCUCCAUGGACUUGAUCCGCGAGGAGGAGGUGGAGGUGAGGUACCAGGAGCCGGACGAUGACUACAUUGGCAAAUUCAAGAGGAAAUGGAUCAUGUUCACGGUGUUCUUGGCUCUCACUCUGGCUCUGCUCGUCUCGUCCUUUGCACAGAUCCUAUGCUUGUAACUAGAAGUCUUCUUUUCUCUUCUCACUGAUCACUCAUUCAUGUAAGAGACAAACCACUGUACGCAAGAAUUAUGUCCAAGAAAAGAGGUUGAAAUUCCACCA